AUCUGCUGGGUCAUUCCUGAUUGACAUCAAAGCUUCAAUGCUUUUUGUGCUCAGUAUUAUUAUAUUGGCCCCUAUAUUGGCAUUAGCACUGAGCUCGUCUGAAUGGGACCAUCGGUCUGCAUAAUUGGCCAUCGUUACACAAGCGCGGGCUGUUUUUAACGGAUAGUGUACAUCAGAUUGUUUUCUUUCAUCGCCAGACACACGUUUAUUGAACCAACCAUGGACAAGUACGUUACCAUCGAAGAAUAUCGAGAGUUGAGGAAGAACGAGUUCACGGACAAGUAUCCGCACACGUUGGGCGAGUAUGAAGGAGUGCAGCUAAACUUCAGUGUUUGUGAAAUGAUGGAUGAACUCAGGUCAUUUGAGGUCAGAGCCGACGACUGUUGGAUCGUCACCUACCCAAAAGCAGGCACAACGUGGGUCCAGGAGAUCGUGUUGUGCGCAAAGCAUGAUGGGAACCUGCAGGAAGUCAACAAGACACACACUAAGUUCCAGGUGCCGUUUCUGGAGCAGAGUAUGCCCCAGGAAAUAAGGCGCCUCAAAAACCUUCCGCCGACUCACAGAAUAGCGGCCGAGAUACCUUCUCCCCGGGUUAUCAAGUCCCACCUUCCCGGCCAGCUCCUGCCUCCACAAAUCUGGACCAAGAAAGCCAAGAUCGUCUACGUCAUCCGUAAUCCAAAGGACUUGAUGGUGUCUUAUUUCUACUUCGAGAACCUGUUAAAUUUGAAGGGCGCAGGGCUACCGUUUGAGGAGUAUUUAGAAUACAGAAACUCAAACAAAGCAAGUUACGGAUCUUGGUGGGACCACUACUUGUACUUUUGGAAGAGAAGGCACCAACCCAACGUUCUGUUGCUACGGUUUGAAGAUUUGAAAAGAGAUCUGCGAGGAAACGUGGAGACAAUCAGUCGGUUUCUGGGCAAGGCUCUGUCUGCCAAGACACUGGAUGACAUCACGGAGCAUUGCUCAUUCGACAACAUGAAGAGCAACCCCAUGAUCAACCCUGACUACUUACUUUCAACCGACGAGAGACCUGGCCGUUCCUUUAUGCGGAAAGGUAAAAGUGGGAGUUGGAAGACCCACUUCACUGUGGCGCAGAACGAAGCCAUGGACGCCCUCAUUAAGGAGAAGCUGCACGGUACCGGACUCACCUUCGAUCACUGACCAAUCAGAUUGCAUUGAUUUGUUAGAGCUAGCCAAUCAGGCAUUGGAACAGUACAGCGAUGAAACAGAAAAGGCGUUAUGCCUACUUACUCUGAACGUUACUAAUUUUACUGAUAGAAGUGAAGCCAGAUAACCUUUCAUUUGAGUAAAAGUGUAUAGGACCUACCCCAUUAAAUUAUGACAUAAAUCGGCAACAAUUCUCGAAUAAAUGGUUGAUAAUUAUUUUACCUUUGACAUAUAAAUUGUCCCCGGCUCAGAAUUUGAUCUUUUGGUCUUUGGAACCAAUGGAGUGCCCGACUUCAAAACGAGACCUGCAUUCUCUCCCCAAUGCUGCAAAAUGUUACCAUACCUACGCCAUUGUACGAGUCAUGUAGUAGAACACUUGUAAUUUGUUUCUCAUAUUUGCUCUUUCACGGGACAGUAAAUAGUGUUUAUAUGUUUACAUGUGACUUUUAGCCUUCGAAAGGUAAAUACAAUUUGCGAAUUUCAAUCACAAUAA